AUCAUCCAUCUACCUUACUCACCUUUCAUCAACGACAAUGCUCCUCUCUCUCCUCUUCAUCAACCUCGUCGUUGCCUCUGCUCUGCCACGCGAACCUCCAGCCAGCCCCGUCUCUGUUCCUCUUAUCCGCUCACGCCAGACGCGCGACCUAGCAUGGAUAGCCAAACAACGAGAUCUCAUGUGGCAGAAGUACGGAAAGCCCGGAGUGAAGGAAUCCUACCCCUUUCAAAACGGGAGGAGAGUGAAGCGGCAGAACGGGAUGAGCUUGGUCAAUCCUCCACCUGUGGCCGCUCCUGCGACACCUCAACGACCUUUAACUCUGGGGCCUCCUCCACCUUUCAAGCAUCGACAAAUACCAACCCCGUCGAGCUGCAGUACGGCUCAGGAUCCGCCAGUGGGCCUGUCGUGCGGGAUGUCGUGACUUUUGGGGGGUAUACGAUCGAUCCACAGAUCUUUGUCGACGUGACAACUCUUGGUUCGGGAUUAACGACAGACACAACCGUCUCGGGUCUCAUUGGUCUCGGCUGGCCAGCGCUGUCCUCCUCAGGAGCAACCCCGUUCGUCAACGCGCUGGUGAACGCAAACAAGCUCCCAAGCCCUCAGAUGUCGUUCUUCCUCACGCGGUACGUCGAUGACCCCACGGCUACCAACGCGGAACCGGGGGGAUACUUCACCUUGGGCGGGACGAACUCUUCCCUGUUUACGGGUAGUAUCGAGUACCACAAUAUCCAGCAACUGCAGGGUGAAAAUGCCUACUGGACGUUACAGAUGAACUCAUUCAAAGUCAACGGUGCCCCCCUCAGCCUCGGGACCGAGAACCUAGCGAUAAUCGACACCGGCACCUCGCUAAUCGGUGGACCCUCAGACCAAAUAAACGCCAUCUUCGCCUCCAUCCCCGGCUCCGCGCCCGGCACAGGCCAGCUAGCAGGUCUCUGGACCUACCCCUGCUCACCCACCAUCACCCUCUCGGUGAACUUCGGCGGGCAGGACUGGCAAGUGUCUUCAGAUGAUUUCCUGAUCGGCCAAGUCUCAGCCUCGACCUGCGUCGCGGGACUCACAGCUGUCAAUCUUGGUCAAGGAGCACCAUCCUGGAUCAUGGGAGACACAUUCCUCAAGAACGUCUAUUCGGUGUUCCAGUACUCCCCGGCUCAAGUAGGGUUUGCCCAGCUGUCGAGUGCGGCUAUUAACAUGAACCCGCUUGGAGCUGAGGGGCAGAACCCCUCAGGGGCGGUGGCGACUGUUACGAAUCAGAUUACCCCUGUUGGAGUGCCGACACAGGCCAGUAAGACGGACAGCGGCAGCUUGCCGUGGUUUACUUCUGGGAGUGGCAGUGGGAGCGGGAGUGGAAGUAGCAGUGGGGCGAGCGCGGCGAGGAGGGUAAGCCCGGGCAUUGCGGUGUUUCUCGCUGCUACGGCGGGCGUUGUAGCCGCGGCACUGAUGUUUUAGAGAGAAGGAGGGUGGUAAUGGACGUACCGCGCCUGUGCACUGGUAGGGGGGGGGAGUGGGGGGGUUACACGACUGUACGGUGCAGUACAGCAUAUGUAUGAUAGCCGGACUCUGCACUUUCAUUCUCACUAUCUCAUUGUCACUCUCAACCUGUGAGGCACGUCACGUCUAGUUGAAAAAUCAUAUUUGGG